CCAUUACCUUUAAAACAUAAUAUAAAUAAUAAUAUAUAAAUCAUAAUAUACAAUGGAGGUGCUAUCUAAAUAUUUGCAGCCACGGUCAUCUAAAACCAUGUUUGAUCUAGUGGCGUAUAUAGAUUUUAUCUGCUAAUAGACACUUUUUAAUUCUAUGGUAUUCCAGUUUUCACUCCUGACUCCUAAAUUUAUUGAUAAAUCAUGUUUGAGUAUGCAAUUAUCUGGUAUACAAAAAUGAUCCAUUAUUUAUGAAAAUUUUUACUUCUCAUUUUUCGCUCAGCACAUACAUCAAUAAAAUCAAUUAAAAAUUAAAUCACAAUUCAGUCAACAGUAAGUUGGUUUCGAUAUUCUAAAAUUCAAUACGGUUGAACUUGAAGUAUUUUUUGACAUGUGCGUAUGCAUACUGAUUAUAGGGGUUGGUAUUGCGUGUAAAUAUAUGUAUAUAAUAUAUAAUUAUAGCUGUUUAAUUUUGAGCAAAUGGUCGGUAUCGUUGAACUUGUUUGUAAUUCUAAAUUAUACAUAUCAUAUUAUAAUAUAUAAUUUGUAAAAAAAUAAUUGUUCUACUUUAGAAAAUAAUAAGAUUUGAUUUCACCAAUUAAAAAAUACUUUUUGAAAAGAAAGAUGAUAACAUUUUUUUAAAUAAAUAUCAUUAAAGAAAAUUGUGGAUUUGAUAAAAAUCAAAGACUAGCUUUGUUCUCUUCAUUUUGAACUUGAAGAAACAUAUUUUAAAUGAUCAAAAAUAUUAAGAAAAUUCUAGAAACCUGAUUCAUAGCAACCUAGUUUUAAAAUAAAUUAAAUUUUUAAAUCCGAGUACCUAUGUCAUUAUUUUAAAUUAAGAAUUAAAUGAUAAUAGUGGGUGUAUAAAAAUUUUUAUUCAGAUAUUAGAUCAAUUUACAAAUUGUGAAGUUCUAAUUCGAUACAUAUUCAAUCAAUAAUAACCAUAUAUUACCUACCUUGGAUAUUUUCAACAAUAUUGUAAUACUAAAUUGAUAAAACAUUUUAUAAAAUAUUACUUACACAACGUAACGAAUGCAUCACUGUGAAAUAACACAAGAAUUAACACAAUAGGGUAACAUCUGGAAAAAAUAUAAGAAGAAAUUAUUCUAAAUCCGUUUUAUUUAAAAAUCAAUUUUUAAUACAAAGUUGACCACUAUUCCCAUGCUUAAAUUUAUUGCGGUGAACCAAGUUACGACUACGAUUAUUUUAUUAUAUAUCCUAUCAAUUAACAUUUAUGAUUUAUACAUUUAAAAUUUAUUUAUGAAUUUGUGAAAUGCAAAAUAUAUGAUUUAAAAAAAAAAUUCAUAAAUAAAACAUAUAAACUAUUAUUGUUUAAAUUGAGUUAAAGAUAUAAUAUACAUUAACAUUACAUUAUUUCUCCAAGCAUUCGAGAAAAUGCGUUUCCUACGAUACGUAUUGUUUACACAGCAUCACAAUUACCAUCAAUGUUUUUUAUAAAUUAAAAUAUUCUGGAAUUAUUUAUACAAUGUUUACUAGACUUCUUUCAAGAAAUGUUUCGUUUUUGCAAAUUUCAAGAACAAAAUACUCUAAAUCAUCUUAUAGUUGUAAGAGCAGUUUGGUAUGUAAGAUACCGAAUCCUAUGCUGAAAAUACCUAAAAAGACUCUUCAAUUGAAAAACCAUGUUUGUCAAACAAGUAGACGAUUCUCAUUGUUACUGACGGUAAUCGGUGGAAUGACUGCGCGGCGGUGGUGGCUUGAGCAGACGCCUGAUAUGAAACGGAGGUUUGCUGACGCGGUUUGGGCGUACCGCCAAGCAAUUUGUAAAAUGGUGGCCAUCGGGCUAGGUAUGAUUGGCACAUUUCUGUUGUAUUCCAUGGAACUGGAUCCACAGAGGCAGCUCUGGCGUCUGUUCAUCUUCAACGAUCAGAUGAUCGAGAAAAAAGCCGAUAAAGAGGUGGGUUUUUUUCUGGACGUUAUGGGCCAGUGCUGUCUUCUUAGCGUAGAUCAUCCCACGUACAAGCGCGUAGCCGGUAUAACAUCACGGAUAUUGUACGCCAACUCCAAGGUAGAAUUGAUUCGGAACCGCAAGUGGCAUGUGGUAGUGUUAGACAACCCUAUGGUCAACGCAUUCGUCGUGGCCAACGGAUUCAUUUUUGUGUUUACCGGGAUGGCGAACUUGGCCAACGACGAUCAGCUUUCUAUAAUAAUCGGGCAUGAGCUGGCGCACUGUAUUCUCCGACAUAUUAACAAUUUUAACAGCGUCAUGUUGGUGUUUCACGUGCUGUGCAUGUUACCAAUAACGGCACUCUUAUCGAUAGCACUGCCGUUCAGUUGGGCUCUGUUAACGAUCUCAUUGAGUCAAUUUAUCUUUUAUGUGGGUGUAAAGCUAGUGAGGCACCGAUUUCACGAAAUCGAGGCCGACCGCGUUGGUUUGGAGUUAGCCGCAAACGCAUGCGUGGAUGUUACUCAGGGCUACCGCUUCUGGGAAAUCAUGGCUAUUUUAAACGAGCGACCCAAGCAUUUUUGGCACGUUUGGUGGAUGCAAACUCAUCCAACAGACAUAAGCCGGGCACAUUACUUAUUUAGCUUGAUACCUGAAGCUAAAGAACUCCAGAAACUGGCUGGUUGUUAACUAAGUUACAUUUAUAACUUGUAUUUAAGACGCUUUUUUUAAGUGAUUUGUAAUUAAUAUGUACAUGAUAUUAUAUAUUUUUAAUUGAAGCCUUUAA